GUCUGACGAUGCGGCAGUGGGGGUCGCCUCCGACAUUGUGAGAUACGCGGUCGAUGGUGUUGGUGCCAUGUUAUGGAUUCUCCUCAUAGUGGAAGGCAUGUCUCUCAGCAGAAUGCUUCGGCUCUUCCGCGACGUGUGGGCAUUCUUCGUUGUACCAUUGGCAAUUACCACCUUUUUCUCCUCUCCAAUUAUGCACAUUGCGAAGCUAAAGGAGUACAAUGGCAUCAUCGUGGGCUUCGACCUGAUCUGUUGGGCGACGAUCACUCCUAUGGGGGUGUUUUGGGUGGCAUCUCAGAAGAGCAAGAGAAGAGCCAUAUACACUGCCCAGAUGGUCUUCAUCCUACUGGUAACUAUGGCUGCUGUAAGCGUUUGGGUCCUCGUUUUUUUCAAGAGGUGAGGGAUGACAUGGAUGCCCCGAUGAAAGAAGAGGGAGAGUGUCUUCUUUGCGGUGUCUGUUCAGAGGGGAGAAAGUCUCAACAGACGGCGAGAGGGCACAGGUGGCAUUCGCGUGUCUGUUAUGCUGUCUGCCCUUGAUGGCCUUGGCCACAGGAACUACAAGAAGGAUGACAGAUGGUCACCCACUGCGCAGCUAUCCUGUCAUCUACUUCGCCGUACUAGGCUGCCUUCUCGUGCCCCGUAUCAUGCAAGCAAGCAACCAACCAAGACAGACACACGGCCGAAACAGACGGACAGACACACACGGUGUGUGUUAUUGACAGGCCGAGAUGGUGAAUCUCAGCAGCAAGAUCGCGUCCUCUCUGUUAUUCGCCCUCUACGAUCUCCUCGGCGACCUGGCAGUGCCCUACGUCGACGCCCUUCGAUUCAACCUCCGUCGCUCAUUCGCGUUUCUCCGUCGCUCAUCCACCCGGCACCGAUCAACGAGGAGAACUCCAGAGACACCGGCAGGGAGCACCACUGAGAAGCCCCAUAUGGACAGUACCCGCGUCCCGCCACAUGUCUCGCAGUCGCGCAGCAGCACAUGUGUGGCGAGCAAGGAGGAGGCAAGCGUAUCCCCCAGCUUCCAGCGGAGGAUCUCCCUGAAGGCCCUCUCCUCUUUGACGUCAGUCCUCAACCUGCAGUCGACGUUCAUCGCCUACGACUACCGACCCAGAUACCUACGCGCCUUAUCCGACCAGAUCCACGCCUACAAUCUGGCCGAGAGCCUGAUACUGCUCUUCAUCAACCUCUCGCUGAUCGCCGUGGACCAGUUUGUGGACCCUUCCUUGUCUGGCUUGGCUGAGAGACUCGGGGGCUUGUGUCUGCUGGUCGCCAUCGAGAUGGCAUGCGAGAUAGUCCUCUUCAUGGUAGCACAAAAAGCAGACCAAGAAAAGGGAGCGGCUUGAUGUCUCUGUGUCACUCUGUCUGUGUGUAUCGUGCGUGUCUCAAGAUCUCUGUGCGGCUGCACAACUUGCCCAUCGUCCGCAGUGAGGAUGAGCCUGGGCCCUGGCGUUCAGGCUGGUGUCUUUGCUCUGGUGCGUGCGCACGCACACCAAACAACACGUCCAGUCACGUCAGGCACAGAUACACACACACACACACUGCCAUCCUGCCUGUCCCUCUCAGCGCCUCCGUGGCUUUGUUACUCGCAUUUCUGCCAUCGGUCUUGCUGUUCACCUUAAGGGCGACGAAGCCCGGCCAAUACGCGGACUUGACCACUGCGGAGCUGUGUCCACAUAGUUUCGACUACUCUGUCUGACCGACCGACGGACGCCGAGAUGCGAUUGAGCGUGACCUCCAAGGCCCGGAUGGAGGUCACCAUUGGAUGGUAUCAGGAUUCUGACAGAAAGCGACAGAGAACGGACAUUAUUCACAUAUAGAGAAGAGCUGACACGAAUGAGAUCUGCUGCCUCGUACAAAGUGUACACACCAAGUCUCCAUGUCGACUCUGUGGGUUGAAAAAGGCGGCAGACACCACGGCAGUGGUCGCCACAGACACCACAGACA